AUGAGGAUAGAGAAGUGCUGGUAUUGCUCAGGGAAUAUAUACCCAGGGCAUGGAAUAUUCUUCAUCCGAAACGAUGCGAACAUUUUUCGCUUUUGCCGAAGUAAGUGCCACAAACAUUUUAAGGCGAAACACAACCCGCGCAAAGUUAAAUGGACGAAGGUGUAUCGAAAAGAAAGAAACAAAGAAUUAAAUUAUGAUAAGACUUUUGAAUAUGAAAAGAUCCGCAAUGAGCCCAUUAAGUAUGAUAGAAAUUUAUAUAUUAAAACAAUUAAUGCAAUAAAAAAAAUUGAUGAAAUUAAAGAAAAGAGAAAAAUGAGAUUUUAUAAAAACAGAAUUAAAGAAAUAGCUGAAAAGAAAAUUAACCUUUCCUUAAAUUAUAUAAAAAAUAAUCCAAAACUUUUACAAAAUACGGAAUAUGAAAACGUUUUGGAGGAGCUAACUGAGGAGAAUAAACAGCAUGUGGAUAUCACUUUAAUCAAAAAUACAUUUGAAGAUGAAAGUAUUAUUCGUAAGGAUAUGGAAAAUGCAAUCAAGUUUACGACGGAUGUGCGGGCCAUCACGGAGGAACAGAAGAGCGAUCACCAGAGAGAAAACAAAAACAUUGAAUUCACCCACUACAUUUAA